UUGGAGCUGCUACAACAAGCGGACACUGCUCGAAUUAUACCACAACGUCUUCAGCUUGGAGGAUGGAGCCAUAAGGACAUCAUCGUCAAGUUGCAACACAGCUUCGGUCUCUAUCUCCUUGUAGGGCAGAAACUUAUUGUUCAAACUGUUACCUUUACCACGGACAACCUAUGGAGAGGAGGGUGUGUGUUAAUAUCAAAUUCCAAACACCUUUAUAUACUCACUAAUAAAACUUUUCAGCAGAGCUCAAACUGUCUGAAAGCCGAUGCUAUUGCUAGCAACUAAGCAUCCGUGAACUCCCUUCAUAGCAGGACCAUGCUG